CACGAAGAAGGAAGAGGACUUUCGCUCGUCCACCAUUCCGACGCGGAUUGUAUUCGUGGACGUGCAUUCAAACGCUUGCUUGAUAUUCGUUUUUUUUUUUCAAAUGCGAUGCAGAGUAAUGAGGUGCAAUGUGAGACCGAGGAAAAGGCAAAGAACAAGACGAUUUUCAAGUUGGAUCGAAACUUUUUUAAUUUUUGCCACCAAUACAACCAGUCCAGUUCACUCAUGAAGGAAUGGAAAGCAACUUCUUGCCGUGUCAAAUCGGACAAACUACUGGUCUUGCUUGUCUCCAGAAGAUUUGAAGUGUCCCGUCAAAUCCGGAGAUCGAGCGAGGUGGAGAUGUCAAGAUGACGGCGGGAACUUUUACCCUGGGCGCGAAAAGCUGAAAAGUCUUUCCCAUUAAAGAGAAAGACAGAGAGAAAGGAACGGGAACGGUGAAGCAACGCGAGCCGGUGAUCGCGUAGUGGGACCAACAAAGUUACUUGGAUCGACAACAGAUACUUUUCUCGCCAGUAACCACCAGGACACCAUGACGACACGAUCGCUCACACCGUCCCCGACGCGACGACCGCCGACUAUCGGUCUAAUCACCGCUUUGUUCCUCAUCGUAGCGACACAAAUAUGUAGCGGAGCGUAUUACGGAAAACUGAUUGGUAAGCUGUCUGAACUUCAUCAUGGUGUCAGCGGCGAGGUUUAUGCGGUUGACGCAAGGACACUAUUCAUCAAGGACUUUACGUACGAUGGCGAAGGUCCAGCUGCCUUUUUUUACGUUGGAAGCAGUAAAAGUCCAGGUAACAAUGGCUUCCGGGUGCGCGAUGAACGCGGAACUACAAAUCUCCUUAAACGGUAUCGCAAGAAGGACAUCACACUGACCUUACCGGACGGCAAGACCUUGAACAAUAUCAAAUGGUUUUCGGUUUGGUGCGACGAAUUCUCGGUGAAUUUCGGUGACGUCAGGAUACCGCGAGGCUUCGAUUAUCCGAAACCGCAGAAAUUAAAAUCCUUGAGUGGCAUACACGGCGUUAAUUCCGAACCAGUUGUCAUUGUAGAUGCUCAAACUCUUCUGAUACCCAGCUUCAGUUACGACGGAGAAGCACCUGAUGCCAAGUUUUGGAUAGGUACUGGUCCGACACCGUCAUCGCAGGGAAUCCGGAUACCCGAUGAAAACGGGAAAGAGCAGCCGUUGCGUCGUUAUGAUCGCAAGACAAUCGUCCUGACAUUACCGGGCGACUUGACCGUUCAUCAAUUCGGUCAUUUUGGAGUAUGGUGCGAGGCAUUUGCCGUUGAUUUUGGCCACGUGCAAAUUCCACAAGGUUUAAACAUACCGCCGUCCUUGAAAAUGCUAGGAGUUUCGCCACAGUCAAAACUUAACUGCGAAGUUCUUGACGACAGCAUAGCUUUUGAAGUGCGAUGGGCCGUGGCUGGGGACAGCAUAGUUGUCCAGCUCGUUGCAAAAUUAGAUGUCGGACAAUACAUGGCCUUUGGAAUAUCCCCGGAUAUAGAGAAGAGCAUAAUGGUUGGCGGAGAUGUCACUGUAGCGUGGGUCGACAAGCAGACUUUGCAAGGAUAUGCCAUUGAUUACUUCCUAGACGCAAAAUCCCAGUGUUCGGGACGUCGAGGCAGUUGUCCAGAUAUCCGUAUACUGGAGAACACGGACUCGGUGCGAUUGUUGAACGCGGCAUUGGUGAAUGGCUACAGCAUUGUCACGUACCAGAGACCGUUGAGGGCCAGCGAUGAAUUGGAUCGUCCAAUAUUGACGAAUAGAUCGCAGGCGAUAAUCUGGGCCAUCGGGCCAUUGAACGAGCGACAGGAGGUCAGUUUUCAUAGCCGCUAUUUGAAGACCGAUCGGUUCAUCGAGUUCAGCAGACCGCCCGCGUGGAACUGCCCCAUGCCUGAUCAGGAACAGAUCUCUGGCCCCGGCGGAAAAGGAAGCGGCACUCAACAGGAGGUUACCAGUGCGAGAAGACCGCCACGUUUACCGGCGACUCCUGCACCGGCAUCUACGAAAGACGCUUGGGAGAUACCACCUAUUCAGUGCAAUGAGCCGGAUGAUGGGGUUUUUUAUGCACAGAUGGGGCCUACCGGGGGGAAACAUGGCUAUCCCGCCAUUACCGGCCACGUCGGUUGGGGAAUCUCUUGGUAUAUCAAUGGAUUGUUGAUACCCGAGAUUAAUGUGGUUCGAGGAAAGAGAUAUACUUUCGUGGUAGAAGGUGGCUCAGAUCCAGAUGUACCAGCGCGUUAUCAUCCGUUCUACAUCACGGAUGACCCGAUAGGCGGUUACCAGCACAAAACGGCUGAAGAGAAAGCGAAAGUAAAGAUAUUUGCCGGUGUACUCCGACAACGCGGCAAGCUCAUCCCCACUGGCACAGGUCGUCUUUGCAAUUGGGUACCAGAUCAGAAUCAACCGCUCGCGGAUGAAUUCGCAUCUUUCGGAGCUUAUCAACGCACUCUGACACUUGAAUGCGACCAUGGUGAACCGGGUAUUGUGGAAUGGACGCCCGAUGAAAAUACACCCGACACGGUGUAUUAUCAGUGUUACACGCAUCGUUAUUUAGGAUGGAAGAUCAACGUUCUCGAUUCUUGCGACCUCGGUGACGAACCAUCAUCGGCGGCCAGUGAGAAACACGAGGUAUACGCGGAGCCAGCUAAGGGUCGCCAGGACCAACCGGCAGAUCAGGAUUUAGAAUAUGACGCUAGCAUAGCCGUAGCGAGCAAGGUAACGCCACCAGAGGAGUUUCUUCAUCAACAGCAUGUUCAUCAUUCUCACCGCGAAUAUGGCCAUCGUUAUCCUCAUCAUACGACGACUAACAGCAAGUUAAGUGCCCCAUAUCACCACCCGCAGUUACUAACGAACGCCAAUAACAAUUACGAUCGCUUGCAAUCAUCAUCAUCAUCAUCAUCCGAGAGCUCGUAUGAGGCACGUCUGAAGGACGCGUAUCGUGUUGAUGAGGAAGCUUUGCAGCAGCAGCAACAUCGACCGGUCACGACCACUCACGAGCAAUCGUCGUCCCUUCGUGCCGGUCACCUCACGGAGCUCGGACGGGAGCAGAUUCAGCAGCAGAUUGCUACUAAUCAGCAAUUGUCUAACCUCGUUGCAGAUCACCAACGGCCAACUUCAUUGAAUCACGGGACAAAGUUGUCCUACGUAGGAAUGGCCAGCGGCAACCACGGCCAGCUACCAUACUCCCGAGCACCGCAUUAUUACGCGACCAAUUACCAUCACGUUCGCCAUCAGCUUUCUCCGCCUCUUCCUCGUUAUCAUCAUCAACACGAACCUCCGAGGACCCAACUGAUGAUCAUACGUCGGCCAGUGACAUUAACGCGCCGUCCGAUGUUGCAGACUUUACAGGCCGCUAAUACGAUAGCUUCGACAAAUGCGCUGUCAUUGCCGUUUUCGUUGCCGUUAUCACUGCCGUCGUCGUUAUCUUUCUCAUCGCCACCGCGAUCAAUCUUCAUCGAGCGCAAAAAGUCCGUCUAUCGGCCGCCUAUUAUCGCGGCGACGACGAUGACAACGACGACACUGAAAACGAUCGACAAAGCGGCUAAUCUGCCGCUUGAGAAAUCCAUGACGAAAAUCGACACGAAGCAACAACGUGCGCAACUCGAGGCGAAAAUAGGCUCGGAGAUCACUGCGGAAAUUUCGGACAAUCUCAUGGAUCCUCAAUCGUGGACGCUUCUGAAACCUGCGCGUAACACCGGCUUUAAUCCCGAUUCCAUCGUUAUCGAAGGCGGCUUCAAGCCAAUUAUCAGAAAUGCCGUAGACAACGCGCCCGAUGUCAUGCAGAAGAGGACGGAUGUGAAUGGAGGAGCGUGGCAUGAGGACGACAGGAAAAUGUAUGGGAAGCGUUCGGAUUAUCGAACGAUCGACGAGUUCUCGCCCGUUUUUAUGCCAUCGCUGCCUGUCGCGACGACAUCUACGAUCGAGGGCGACAGGAAGCGAAAGAAGAAGACAUCUCCCACACGCAUCUCAUCGCGGCACGAUGAUGUCGACGACAUGGAGAUGGCGGCCGAUCUCAGAUUGGAUACUUACUACCUUCCGCCGAUUGCGAAGACGCGACCCGAGCAGCUACCAUCCUCCUCUUCCGGCGUUCUAAUCACUUAUGACGGUAAAAAGCUCAAGGACUCUACCGGCCUGGCCAGAUCCAUUUCCAACAUCGAGCAUCGCGAUAGCAAGGGCAGACUGACAUCGGAACUGCUUAGUAGAACGCCGCAGUUCGGUAAGUUUCAAGGCGAGCUUCCUCCGCUGAUUCCUGGCGAGAUGCGCGCAAACGGCUCGUCGUACGAGAGAAGAUAUCAUUCGUCGGACGUCGAUCUAUCGCUCCGUUCCGAGCUCUUGCCCAAGACGAGGCUGACCCUGGUAGAGAGAUCGAAGAGAUCCCCAUCGGAAGGGCGUCGAACGAUGUCUAGCACCAACUUUCAACGAGACGACUCGAACAAUCACGAUCAUCGGGAACGCGAACAGGUCGAAGCAAUCAGCGGAGGAGCAACACGCCUCGGGAAUCUUGGAUCUAUCGUCCUGAUCACGAUCGUGGCGUAUUGCGCGAUCUGAAAUCGUUGGCGAUGUUUUCGUGUCCUUUGAUGAAGAUACAUCAGUAGUAUCCUCGCGGGAUCGGAAAGAUCGUCGAUCAUCCGAGUGCGUCUCUCGCGUAGGCCCGCGCCUGAUAUAGGAUUCGCGUUCGAAAAUAAUAGACGAUAUACUCCAAUUGCGUUAACCCUGGGGAAGGCAUUUACUAACCUAAUGAGAAAACUACUGAUUUCCUAUAUGAGUAGUACAAUCCGCCUGUCGAGCGUCUCGCUUCUGGCAUCGCUCUCUUGAUCGAAUACUCUUCGUGUAACAGCCAUUAGCUCCUGACGUGACUCGACGUGGUCUUUUUAUGGCUUGUAGACAUUUUAAGACGCUUUUUUAGGUAUUAUGUUAUAUUUAAACAUAUAUCUGGAAAGAGAGAGUAUGUUUGAGUUUUUCAUCCCCAAUUAAGGCGCACGAAUUUGUUUUUCUAUAUUAAACAACGGAAUUGUCUGGAAACAAACACACGUAAAAACCCAAUCGAGCUUCGAAAAUACUUAUAAAUGGCACCGGAAAUGUUUGCAGUAACAGGUACUUGUUGAAUUUUGCUGGUGUAUCUGUAAAUAAGAUAAACCAAUUUUGUUAAUAAAGAUAAUCUUGAUACACACAGGUCAUCAAAUUGUGCGUAUAUUUCUAGUUUUAAGAACAAUAGAAAAAAAAUAUAUGUGCAUUCGAUUUCGAUACACAUAUACAAAUAUCUAAAUAAACUAAAUAUUUUCCAUCUAAGUUAUUAUGCUUUAAUAGAAUCUAGAAUCGACUUCAUAAAAGAAAAAAAUAACGUGCAAAUACGAUAUUAAUUAUGAUAAUAUAUUUUAUUGGAAUAGAAAACAAAUGUUAUACAAAGUAAAUUGACACAAUUAUAAUAUACGAGAAAAACCGAGAUUGAGCUAUUUGUUAUUAAAAAAAAAUAAUAAUUCGCACACAAUCUUCAACAUCUUUUAUCUGCCGCACAUAUAUUUACAUUCUUAUGAAAUUCUGUACAUGAAUUUAAGUACAUAUCUAUGAAAAGAAAUAAUAAA